UGCACCAGAAUCAGAAAUAGUCAUUCCCACUUUCCAUAGAUCUUCAAACUUCACAAACUAAUUAUUGCAUUUCCCUAUUUUUUCUGUUUUAUCUUAUCCCAAAAUUUUCUCAUUUCCCUAUAUGUGUGCAGAUCCAAAUAUUACUAUUCAUCACAAGAAUCUAUUCAUUCCACAUUCCAUUACAUUAUAAACAAACUUUUUGCCUACUUUUUAUUUACCAGAUUUUGGAUAAUUUUGCUAUGAAAUCAAUGAAUUUGAUAACUAUGAAGCCUUGUUGUCGAAUUCUAAUCGCAACUAAGAGCAAUUCCUUUUUGGGUCUUCCAUUCAAGAAGGCACAUAAUUCAUUCAGCACAAAUUCGUCGAAUUUUCGUUUGAAUUUGAGGCAAAAAUCUGAUUUUUACAGCUACCCAAUUCGUAUUUUGGGCUCUGGAAGGAUUAUCAAUGGGAAGCAGAAGUUGUUGUGUGUGCCAAAUUCAUGUUGGGGUCAAUCUAGGGUUUUCUCAGGCCCAAUUGGGGCCUCAAAGAGAGGGUUCCAUGCUAUUGCUAGUGUUGCAUCGGACUUUAGGAAUUAUUCAACUUCUGUUGAAACUCGUGUUAAUGACAAGAACUUUGAGAGGAUUUAUGUGCAAGGAGGUUUGAAUGUGAAGCCAUUGGUAGUGGAAAAGAUUGAUUUAGAUGAACAUGCUGCUGGAGUUGAUGGUGAACGUGUGAAAAAUGAUGAGAGCGUGAAAGAAGAGGGUGAGGGGCAAGUGGAGGUUCGGGGCGGGGAGGAGUCAGAGGCGGUGAAGGAGGCAUGGAAGUUGUUGGAGAAUGCUGUGGUUACAUAUUGUGGGAGCCCUAUAGGGACUCUUGCUGCUAAUGAUCCUAAUGAUAAGUUGCCAUUGAAUUAUGAUCAAGUCUUUAUUAGGGAUUUUAUCCCAUCUGCCCUUGCUUUUUUGCUCAAGGGGGAUAAAGACAUUGUUAAGAAUUUCCUACUUCACACCCUGCAACUGCAGAGUUGGGAGAAAACUGUGGACUGUUACAGUCCAGGGCAAGGGUUGAUGCCUGCAAGUUUUAAAGUUAGAACAGUGCCCCUUGAUGAUAACAAAUAUGAAGAAGUUCUAGACCCAGAUUUUGGGGAGUCAGCUAUUGGCCGCGUAGCACCUGUUGAUUCAGGCUUGUGGUGGAUUAUCUUGUUGAGAGCUUAUGGGAAGAUCACCGGUGACUAUGGAUUACAAGAAAGAGUGGAUGUACAGACUGGCAUAAAGCUGAUAUUGAACCUGUGUCUGUCUGAUGGGUUUGAUAUGUUUCCUUCUUUGCUAGUCACUGAUGGUUCCUGCAUGAUAGAUAGGCGUAUGGGUAUUCAUGGACAUCCGCUUGAGAUUCAAGCUUUAUUUUACUCAGCACUUAGGUGUUCCCGUGAGAUGCUCUCUCUGGAUGAAGGAUCCAAGAAUUUGGUGAAUGCCAUAAACAACCGACUUAGUGCAUUGUCAUUUCACAUUAGAGAAUAUUAUUGGGUUGAUAUGAAGAAGAUCAAUGAAAUAUACCGAUAUAAGACAGAGGAGUAUUCCACUGACGCCACUAACAAAUUUAACAUCUACCCUGAACAAAUCCCUCACUGGUUGAUGGAUUGGAUCCCUGAGGAAGGUGGUUAUCUUAUUGGCAAUUUACAGCCUGCCCACAUGGACUUUAGAUUCUUCACACUUGGAAAUCUGUGGUCCAUUGUGUCAUCUUUGGGUACCCCAAAACAGAAUGAGGCGAUCCUGAAUCUGAUUGAAGCAAAAUGGGACGAUAUUGUGGGUUCUAUGCCCCUUAAAAUAUGUUACCCUGCUCUGGAGAAUGAAGAGUGGCGUAUAAUCACUGGUAGUGACCCUAAGAACACACCUUGGUCAUAUCAUAACGGGGGUUCUUGGCCAACUCUUCUCUGGCAGUUCACGCUGGCAUGUAUCAAGAUGAAUAGGACUGAUCUGGCUAAGAAGGCAGUUGAUUUAGCUGAGAAAAGGCUUCGGGUGGAUCAGUGGCCUGAAUAUUACGAUACAAGGUACGGCAAGUUUACGGGAAAACAAGCCCGGCUGUACCAAACAUGGACUAUAGCUGGUUUUCUGACAUCUAAAAUGCUAUUGGAAAAUCCAGAGAUGGCUUCAUUGCUAUUCUGGGAAGAAGAUUAUGAUCUUCUUGAGAUUUGUGUCUGUGCUCUUAAGAAAUCUGGAAGGAAAAAGUGCUCACGCGGUGCUGCCAAGUCUCAGAUCCUUGUAUGAGUUAACCAUCAUUCUUUCAGAGGUUAACACAUUCUACAUGUACAGGAAAUAGUUAGGAUUAGGGUAUCACACCCCUUGGGGUGCAGCCCUUUCCCGGACCCUGCAUGAAUGCGGGAUGCUUCGUGCACCGGGCUACCCUUUUAAGGGUAUGUCUAGGGGGUUUUUCAACCUCUAGACUUAACAGCAGGAUUUUUUAUUUUUCACACAGCAUUAUGGAAUUACCAUUGAUUUGUAAGCCAGUUAAUUGUAAUAGUUCAUCAACUUAGGAAAUGAAACUAAAUUUCCUUGAAGGCCUUCAUAACAGGCAUCUUCCGGAAUUAAUCUGUAUAUAUAUACUAUAUACUCAUAUAAUACUAUGAUGAUUGGCAUGUUUG